AUGUCUGGAAUUAAUAGUAGACAUUCUACGGGGUUACGUACCGUAGAUAACACAAAUCUCUUAUCUCCAUAUGUGACAGGCGAAAUGGUUGGCUUCGAUGUUGGAGCCAAGAUAAAGGGGUUCGAUGUUGGAGAAUUUAAGCAUUUAUCUAAUGAAAAUGGUAAACUUAAAGUCAACGAGGUUGAAACCACCUCUGAAUGCUUACCUUGUACGAAUGAACAUGGCGUCGUAUCCAUUGGAUUAAAUGUUGAUAACAAGAGGCUUGAAAUUGAUGAGGAGAGUCGGUUGACCACAAUCGACGUAUCUGCGCAUCAACCUCUUGUCUACUCAAAAGAGGGUCAUGAUAUCCAACUUCAGUUUGAUGAUUCAUCUUUAUCUGUAGAAGAAGAAAAACUGAAAGUGAUUCCCGAAAAUUAUGAGUUCCCAAUGUACCGUGAUGAUGAAUCGCGGACGGUUGGUAUUCGAGUGGAUGAGACAUUAUCCAUUAACGAAAACGGACUUUCAGUGAACUUUCCACCACCGCCACCUCUAGAAACACUGAAGAAACCUCUAUAUCGGGAUAAUGGAAUCGGUGUCAAACUUCACAAGAGUUUGAAGGUGAAUAGUUCAGAUGAACUCGAAACAAACUCAAGCCAACUGUUCAAAGCAUUUGGGGCUAUAAAGACAUCCAGCGGUGCUGAUACGCUGUUAGACAUCGGGUCUUCAUGGCUCGACUUUGGAUUCGAUAGUUUGACCGAAAUGACUAAUGUGUUAGGAGAGGUAGACACCACAGCCAUUCGCCUAAUGGUAGAUAGUUCCAUAUUCAGCCAAGCGGGUUCGAGAUUGUCCCUGAAAUCACCCGGAUAUGAACAAAUCAUGUAUGGGAACCUUACUUAUGGCUACUCGGGAAGUUCUUCAUUCACCUAUUCGUCCACGCUUCAGGAGUUGCGUGUACCCAAUGUAAAGUUAAGCGGAACAUUGCCUGCGAUUGGAGGUGGCUCGUAUGCUGUAAGUAAAGACUAUCUUUCGCAAUUUUAUCAAGGCUCUCAAACUGGAGCGAUCGCCGUGAGUCCGGAGGCUGCUGGACGUCGAGAGAUAGGCUGUUUGGUCGAUAAUCAGACCAUCAGAAUUGUUGGAAAUGCACUCACAGGUGGGUACAUUUUUCAGGACUUUAAUGGCGUAUCUAUUCGACCUGGAACGACCAAUGAUGUGGUAUUAUCUCUUAAAUGCGAGGCUGGCAGUUGUCUCCAAAUGGUCAAAGCAGAUACCAUUAAAGACGUACUGACUUGCAGCAAUGGUAUCGAGAGAGUACAGAAUGACCUUCAACUCGAUCUAAAAGUUGAUGCUAAUUCAGGUUUGGCUAUGGUCAACAGGGGAACCAUACGGGAUACCUUCACAGCCUCCCAAGGGGUAACCAGGACGGGGAACGACUUCAGACUGAGUUUAACAGCACAGUCACCCGAUCUUACUCUAAACAAUGGUGUUCUGAGUUCAAACAUCGCUGCGGGAAUUGGACUGCAAAAAAAUGGUGCGAUUUUGUCAACAAACCUAAGAGGUAUCAAUGGAGUGCAAGUUAGCGGCGAUUUGAUUUCAUGUUCGAUUUCAGGAAGCGAUACUAUUCUUCGCGUAGGCGAUGCCUUAAGAGGUAAUUAUGUGGGCAGUACCAACUCAUAUGGAAGUAUUAUUGUUGUUGGAAAUACGAUUCAGUAUAACAUGAUUCCUCCUCAAUUCGUAAGUAACAGUCCAAAUCUCAUCAUUACAGGUUCGUAUCCGCUUUAUAACUUUACCCUCAUUGACCCUACGCCAUUAUCGAAGCAAAGGGAUACCGAUAAUACUGAACAGAGUGAUACCGCAGAAGUGUUAAAAACGGAUGUUCCAUCAGGCAACACUGUUAUUUUGUCCGGAGCAACUCCAUUAUCAACCGUACCUUUUCCAGCGAUGGUCUCCCCGCCCUUGACAGUCCCUAUGGCUGUAAACUCCAUCCUCCCAAUCGUCUCAACGUUCCCUUGGGGAAUGAUUUUCGGAGGGUCAUGCAAACGUAAGGUUCAACGAGAUGCGGAAGGACAACCUAUACUCGAUGGCGAUGGAAACCCCAUUUACGAACCAAUAGACCCUGUUACCUUCAUGCCACCACUUGAACCCGGGAGCAAUGUCGCAAUUGCUUCUGAUCCAAUAGGAGGUUGUACUCGUCUCUUGUUUGAUAUGCCUUCAUGUUAUCGAGGCAUCAAAUACGAAUACCCUCAGCAAGCAAUCAAUCUCUCAAUGUUAAGAGAUUACGACAAUGAUGUUAUCAAACCUUGGGUCGGAAGCCAGAUAACUAAUCUAACUUCAAAUAAUGUUACAUUUGGCGGCAAUAUCUCAGGGAAAGUCAUUACAGGAAGCAGAGUUCAAACGACCGCCUCUGUAGCAGGAGGCUCGUCUGUCUUUAUUUCAAAUAGUUUUGACAGUACAAAAUCGUCUUGGCUGGGUCUGGAUGGUUCUGGUCUUUUAGGGUAUGCUAGUGAUGCUGCUACGUGGUUAGGAGCACAAGACAAGCCGAUUUACAUUUACAGACGGACAUCUAGUGCAGUAUCUCUGGGUCUAAGAGUGGACACAAAUGGUUCAUGCGUUGUAGGGGGUGACCUAACUGUCGGAGCCUCUUCUGUAAACGGUUUACGUUCCCUUAUCGUAAGCAAUCCGAGUACAGGGACGAACGGAUGCAGCAUUCUUUAUCUAACGGCUUCAGGGGGUUCUGGAGUGAUGUUUUUGAAUGGAAACAACCGGAGUUCGGACGGUGGGAUUAACGCAAUGACGUUGAGAAACGAUAUUGGUAACCUUCGGCUUCAAGCACAGACCGCUAGAGGACUAACAAUACAGGCAAACACUGGAAUCGUUACGCUGGAUGCUACAAAUGAUGCAUCCUCUACAACAACAGGUGCAUUACAAAUUCCCGGUGGAUUAGGAGUGCAAGGCACAGUGUACAUGGGAAAGUAUGCUAUUAUAUCUACUACAGCCGCUGCCGCCUUUCAAAUAAACAACGCAUCAUUCGGAUAUACAGCAACAGCAGGUCAAUGGGUAACAAAUACCAUUGCUGGAGACUACAUCAUUCGAGCCUCCGCUAGUAAUUUGCGUAUUGGUACAAAUAAUGCAACGGCUUCGAAUUUGGAUAUUCUCUCAUCUGGGAAUGUUAUUAUCAAUACGACAACUGAUGCUACUUCCUCAACAUCUGGCUCGUUCCAGGUGAAAGGUGGAGUUAGCAUCGCUAAAUCACUGUACGUUGGAGGGGAUGUAUACACAAAUGGAGUGAAAUUGGCUACUGAAAGUUCUCUAACAACAUCCAUUGCUACGAAGCAAAAUGCCAGUCCUUUACUCGAUGCAAUCAGUGGUUUAACAACGACACCGAAUUCCUUCGUCAUGGGAACUGCUGGGGGCUUUACAGUAUCACCUGUCUCUACAAUUCUAGGGGGAUUCCAACCUCUUCUUACUACAUCGUCUGCAUUGAAUGUUAAUUCUCUAACAACGAGUGGUGGAAUAUUUGUCCAAGGCACCUCAGAUAUAGUGUUUCGAGUAGAUAAUGUAGGCAAUGGACUCUUGACAGGUGGCUUACUUGUUGAACAUGAUCUAAAUGUUGAAGGACUGAUCAUUCAAAAUGGAGUCGAAGUGGCUACGCAACAAUGGAGUGUCGCUACAAUGACCGGCAUGACAAGUCCUCUUAGUCAAUCCUUGACUUCGCUUCAAACACUUGUUCAGAAUAACAAGGCCGCCGCAGAUACAGCACUUGCUACUAAACAAAGUGCGUCUGCGUUACUCGAUUCUAUCAGCGGUUUAACGCCGGCGGCUAACACUUUCAUCAUGGGAACACCCACAGGGUUCUCAGUUGUUCCUACAUCGAAUAUACUUUCCUCAUAUCAACCUCUUAUUACCUCAUCGACUGCGCUAUCAUUUAACAGUGCCACUGUUGGCGGGGGUAUAACCAUUCAAAAUGGCGCAGCAUCUACAACAUUGUCCUUAGUAAAUACUGGGAGUAAUGUUACAUGGGGCAUGAGAGUUGCCGGAAGCACAGGAGACGGAACAUUAUCAGCAGGCGGAUUCGGUCUAAAUAGUUCUUAUAACAAUACAGGCUUUGUUCUGAGAGUUUCCAAUACAGGCGUAACGCAGAUACCAAACACAACCGAUUCAACUAGUGUGACAACAGGUGCUUUCCAGGUAUCAGGUGGAGUCAGCAUAGGAAAAACUCUAACCCUAGGAGCAGGUGGAGGAGGAUUGCAGCCGGCUGCCAUAGUCAUCAAUGCGCCUUCAAGUGCCACAGCGUCUACCGCCGUUCUGAUUAGUAACAAUGCUGCUUCGAGUAAUUCUUGGGGUAUAUACCACGCUGCAACUAAUGGAACAGGUAUACUUACCAAUGGGAGCCUCGGGUUUUAUAACUAUGGAACUAGCGCCCAUCAAUUCAUUCUCAAAGCCAAUGGAACCAUUGCCAUCACUUCGACUACAGACUCAUCGUCGACUAUAAUGGGCGCAUUGCAGGUAUCAGGAGGUUUAGGUGUCGCUAAAAUGCUGUACGUUGGUGGAGACAUUUUCUCCAAUAAUCUCAAACUUGCAACCGAGAGUUAUGUAGGGACAGCCAUUGCUAAUAAACAGGCAUCAAGUCCACUAUUAUCGUCUAUAAGCGGUCUUGCAUUAUCAGCGAAUUCAUUUAUUGUUGGGAGUUCUGCUACAUCAUUCUCGGUGAAAACUCCUGAAGAGGUGAAGACAAUAUUAGGCAUUACCAAUGUCGACAUCUCAGGGAAGCAAAAUGCAAGUCCUUUACUCGAUUCCCUUGCAUCGAUGAGUCCAAUGUCGAACAUGUUUGUCAUGGGAGAUGAUGUCCAAGGAUUUACCCUUGUGAAUGAUAUUUCCGUUCGAAGUAUUUUAAACAUUGUCGACUAUGCCCCCAGCAUAUCAGCACUGCAAACAUCGAAACAAGAUGUUAUAACAUCUUCUAGUAAUCUGUUGGCAAAUACAAUUCUUGCUAACGAUACAUCCGAGGCAACAACCGUAUCAAGUGGCGCUCUACAGGUUAAAGGAGGAAUAGGGGUUUCUAAAAGUAUCUUCUCAGGUGGAAACAUUACAGGAAAAGUUCUCAUAGCCGCCUCUACAGGUGGAUAUUUCAAGUUGAGAAGUGACACUCCCUCUACGAAAGGUGACUACACUAUCUCCUACAACAACUCCGGAGACGCCCUUCACGUCCACCUCGCCGGCUCGUCUGAUAGCGUAGACCAACGUCGUUAUGAAUUCGGUCAUUAUUCCAGUGAUACCUUUGGAACAUGGAAUAGCCGAUUCUCGGUUAACACCUACACCGGAGACCUCAUCUCGUCCGGUAAUCUAACUAUCGGUUCGCCACUUAACGGGCUACGGGCUAUUAUUCUUAAAAACCUCGACUCUGGGAGCAAUAGUUGUGCCAUCCAAUACUUCCAGAAUGCAGCAGGUUCUGCUGUUAUGUUUUUGAACGGAAACAACCGGAGUUCGGAUGGAGGCGUUAACACAAUGACAUUGAGAAACGAUAUUGGAAAUCUUCGGCUCCAAGCACAGACCGCUAAAGGACUAACGAUACAGGCAAAUACCGGAAAUGUCACAAUUGAUUCUACAACACCAGCAUUGAGUUCUUCCACAGGAGCAUUGGUCGUUUCAGGAGGUGUCGCGGUUGCUGCACAUGUUGUUGCAGGAGGGAAUCUGUAUUCGAACGGUGCUGUCUAUAGCAAUGGUCAGGUUUGUGCUACUCAACCAUGGGUUGCCAGUCAAACAUUUCUAAGAAAUGUUCAAGUUAUCAAACUUUUGACUAAAGACGUGUGGCAAUCCAACAAUGCCUCGAAGGUCUUCUAUGUUUCAACACCUGGCAAGGUACUUAUGGAGUGGACGCUUAACCUCCAUGGCACAGCAAACUCAAAUGGUACAUUGUCAAUAUUUCUCGGACAAAGCGCUGGGUCGAUGCCUCUCGUGUACUCGAGCGACUUUAACUUUAAUUCGGGAGUCAAUCGUACAAUCACAGCAGCCUUUGUUGUUACAGGGAUGUCCGAUAACAUUGCUUACUUCACAAAUUUUAGUAUCAGUCAGGCUGCUCCCGAUAACACAACUGAUGUUACCCUCAUUAAAAUCACUGAACUCGGACAAUAG